AUGAGCACAACUGAGUCGACCACAGACUACUCCAGUGGUGACAGUGACCACAAUCUGGUCAGAUGUCCAUCAGAGUUGAGAAGAAUGGGUCUCAAAGCCAAAGACAUUCUUCCGCUUAUAGAGCAGAGGAUAGCUGUUCUGUCGGGUGGACGCGACCUAAGAGGCGGUCCAAUACUGCUGUUCCCCUCCAAAACACGUCCAGAAAAGCUGACCGCCGAAGACUUGAGACCAUUGCUCGCAUACUUAGCCAGUAUUCCGAGUGAAGAGUCGAAAAGCAAAGAGUUUUGCAUUAUAAUCGACAUGAGAGGCAAUACAUGGGUUGCCAUUAAACCGAUACUUAAAGCACUGGACGAAUACUUUAACCCCAGAAUCCAUUCAACACUUAUCAUAAAACCGGACAACUUUUGGCAAAAACAGCGCACAAGUCUCGGGUCAUCCAAAUACAAGUUUGAGACAAUUAUGAUAUCAUUGGAAUCGAUAUCGAAAUUUGUUGAUUUGUCUCAAUUAACGAAUGACAUUGAAUGUGGGACUUAUCCAUACGAUCACAAACAGUGGAUUGAUUUGAGACUUAGUUUAGAGUCAUUUAUGGACAAAGCGUCGGAUGCGCUACAAGUGAUGAAUGCACUGAAAGUGGAUCUUAUGAAACAAGAGUUCGCGACCGACACCACAACCGCCAAGAAGAUGAUCGAAGACCACAAUAACACUAAACAAAAGAUCAAUGAAAGUCCAGUGGAAGAGUUGGACGCCGAGGGACAACAAUUGUUACGUAAAUUGAGUUUCUCUCCCAGCGGUUCAGUGAACAGUGAUUCCGGUUAUUGUAGUCGCGAUUCAACGCAUAAUAAUCCCGAUAUUCAGACAACAGUUCCUAAGAUAAUGAGAAUAAUAGAAGAGAUUCACGUAAAUAAACAGCAAUUAUUGCAGUUAUGGCACUUGAAACGAGUCAAAUACGACCAGUGCUUACAAUUAAGACUUUACGAAAGCGACGCUCAAAAGAUGUUUGAGUGGAUCCGCAAUAAUAGAGACUUAUUUAUGUCGACAGCGAUUGUGAUCGGAAGGAAUUGCGAGGAAUGCAAACAAUUACAGGACGAACACAACAGGUUUAGUGUCGCCUCAAUGAAUGUUUACGUCAAUAUCAAUAAAUUACAACAAGUGGCCACUCGUAUGGCAGAAGCGGGUCAUUACGCCUCUCAGCAAAUACAACAAUUGGCCGCACGUUUGGACAGAACGUGGAAAGAGUUUGCGUCCAAUUUGGACGACAGGACAGCUGUGUUGACGCUAUCGUUCAAUUUCUAUCACUGCUCGCAAUACUACCUAAAUCUGGUGCCGACGUGGAAGAAGGCGUGCGAUUCUUCUACUCUAGUCAUUCCCAACGAUGUGACAGAAUUAGAGGCAUUGGUUCACUCACACCAAUCGCUGUACGACGAGGUCUGUCAGGCGUACAACGAGUGCCACACUAACAGCAAAAAGCUUUUGUACCAAUUGGACCGUUUGGUUCAGAUGUGCCACACAUUCAAACACUCGGACGCUAACCAUUCCGAUCACUACAGAACCGGAAUGCCUUCGAUAAGUGCUAUGAGUCGAUCGGAUCCCGUCUCUGACUAUCAAGAGGGCGCUAAACACGUGGUGGCAGUGAUUCACGAAAUACUAGCCCAUCACCGGUCUAUUGAAUCCGUUUGGCAUUUGAAGAAAAUUAAAUUACAUCAAAGACUCGCUUUGGCUCUGUUUCAGGACGACGUGCGACAAGUGCUCGAAUGGCUCGACACUCACGGCGAGGGCUUUCUCGUCAAGAGUCCCGGCGUUGGACGCAAUCUCACUAAAGCCAGAGCUUUGCAAAAGAGUCACAACCACUUCGAAAGUGUGGCGCAAAACACUUAUACAAACGCCGAGAAAUUGUUGGCCGCGGCCGACGAGUUGGCCCGCACUGGAGAGUGCAAUGCGGACGAGAUAUGCGGAGUUGCGACACAACUCGAGAGACAUAUCUCUAACUUCGCGGCCAGAGUUGAAGUGAGACGUAAUCUCCUAAAUGUUGGCGUUUUGUUCUUCACACACGAUAAAGAGCUCUUUUCGUGGUUUAAUGAAUUGCGACAACAGUUCAAAGCGGACACUAUUGAAGCGCCAGAAUCUUAUGAAUUGACUGAAAGUGCCAUAAAUCAGUUGAUCCAUCAAAGAGAUUCCAUGAUAGAGGCGGCCAACACCACCAUCAAUGAGGGACAGACAACCGCCGAACAGUUGAAGAAGGAUAGCGCCAAUCGUAGCGCUGAUUCUUGUGACUCGAAUCACGCCUUAAACGCUUCAAUCACUGCCAUUGAAUCGUCAAUAGAGAAGAUUAAGUCAAUAAUACCAGAGUUGGAAGAGUUAUGGAAAAGUCGAAAGUUUCGACUCGAUCUGUGUCUUAAGUUAAGGGCCUUUGAAAGGGAGGCACUCACUGUCUCCACACAAACCGACGCAUUGGCCGAAGAAAUACAACGUUUGCAACAAAAACAGAUGAGUGUCAGUGAUGUGAGUGCUGUGGAAAAGUCGUUACAAUUACACAAUGAUAAACAACAGCGAUUGCAACAACUCAUCUAUCAGGUCCUUCAGUGCGGACAGGAGUUGUGUCAGUUGUUGGAAACGUGUGGUGUAUUACUUAUGGCUGAUUCCGAACAGACGGCCACCGCUAGGAUUCAAAUGAUACUCGAGUUUCUUCACGAGAGAGAAAUGGAUUUGGAAGACCUCUCAGAGCUGAGGCGGACACGACUCGAGCAAAUGGUCCAAUUGUGUCACUUCCAGACCGAUGCCAAUCAAGUGCUCACAUGGAUGAGGAACGGAGAGUCCAUGCUUUCGGCAUCAUUUCAGAUCCCAAACACUCUAUCGCAAGCAGAGGACCUACAGGUCCAACACGAGCAGUUCCAGUUGGCCAUCGAGACCGAUGCCAAUCAAGUGCUCACAUGGAUGAGGAACGGAGAGUCCAUGCUUUCGGCAUCAUUUCAGAUCCCAAACACUCUAUCGCAAGCCGAGGACCUACAGGUCCAACACGAGCAGUUCCAGUUGGCCAUCGAGAAAACCCAUUCGAGUGCUCUUCAGUUACAACAAAAGGCCGAAUCCUUAGUACAGGGAAAUCACUUCAAUCCAGAGAUGGUUAGAAACAUUGCCACAGAAGUGUCCACUCGAUGGCAGCAACUGAUGAGUCACGCAGAAGACCGGCACAAACUAGUGAUGGCUUCACUCAAUUUUUUUAAGACCGCGGAUCAGGUCUACUCUGUGUUGGAUAGUCUUCAGCGAGAAUAUCAACGAAACGAAGACUUUUGCGGCGCUUCUCAUCUGAAUGCUGACAAUUCGAACCCAAUUCCCAUACCAUCUAAAGAGGAUAUCGAAGCCAUUCUCAUACAACACAUAUGCAAACAUCAGGAACAGAAGGAGGCGUUCCUCAAAGCGUGUACACUCGCGCGCAGAAAUGCCGAAACCUUUCUUAAAUAUGCCGCCCGUUGUAUACAGUAUUACUCGACUCGCACCGGGAGUAACACAUAUCGUACCGCCGAGAAUGACGUGAAGAAUAUAAUGGAUAAGCUAUUAAAACAGGAGAACGAAGUCCUCGAAUACUGGACACAGAAGAAGAAACGAUUGGAUCACUGCCAGCAAUAUAUACUUGUGGAACACAGCGCUAAACAGGCCCUCAAAUGGAUUAAUGAGACCGGAAUGAAAUAUAUCUCAACCAAAAAAUUAGCCCUUUCUGACAAAAGUAACGAUGACACAUUUCUCAGGGAAUUAGAAAAAUACGAAUCAAUGCCCGAAGACAUUGGUCACUGUUUUGUGACGUGGGCUUCGAGUUUUGACAUAUAUGUAGAGUACUGUCAAAACAAACCCGAAUCCAACACAUUAUUAGUUCAAUAUUCGGGCCAUUUUUUCGAAGAAGUACAACGAAAACACUGUGUUCUGCACCCAAUCGCCGCAUACCUUAUAAAACCCGUGCAAAGGAUAACUAAAUAUCAGUUACUUUUGAAAGAUUUGCUUUCGUGUUGUGGCGAAGGUCUUCAGGGAGAGAUCAAAGACGGCUUAGAAGUGAUGGUUAGUGUUCCUAAGAAAGCGAACGAUGCGAUGCACUUAAGUAUGUUAGAGGGCUGUGAUAUAUCACUCGACCAAUUGGGAGAAGUCAUACUUCAAGACUCUUUCCAAGUGUUUGAUUCAAAAUCAUUGAUCAGAAAGAGUCGCGAACGAAGGGUUUUCCUCUUUGAGAUGUAUUUGGUUUUCGGCAAAGAAUUGAAAGACUCGAACGGAAAGGGAAAAUAUAUAUUUAAACUUAAGUUAAUGACAUCUGAGAUCGGAAUCACUGAACACAUCGAAGGCGAUGAACUCAAGUUUGCCAUUUGGACGGGAAGGUUGGCUCAGUUGGCCGACAAUAAGAUUACAUUCAAAACAUCGAAUCUCGAGACCAAACAAAUAUGGGUUAAGAGAGUUCGGCAAUUAAUUCAGGAAACGUACUUCUGUUCUGCACUCUCGACACUCAAUUUGUCCAAAAUAUCUCAAAAUAAACUCAACGCUAAACUAACGCAUGCACACAGCAAUAGAUCGUCGCGUGAUUUUGACGAUUGUUUUACGGAUGACGUGAACGCUGACCAUCACGACAGGACAUCACUCGCAUCCUAUAGUUCCAGCACAACCACUGACAGCGAAAAAGGUGGAGGGGACGUGACGUGGGUUAUUGAGGACUUCAACGCCGACAAGAAUGCUUCACUUUUGCCGCAGACAACGAUUGGCUCUUUCAUAUCAGUUCGCGGCGGACAACAGGUCGAAGUGAUUGACUAUAAUUUGCAUUCUUUGCCCGAAUUCUGUUUGGUUCGAGUGAUCGGUACUCAAGACUCCAACAAUUGUGUUGCCAUCGAAGGCAUUGUUCCUCUUUAUUGUCUUCGAUUCCCGUCGCGUUCGGUCGCCUUCUCAUCAAAGUCUGCUUCAAUGGAAACCGACGGCAUUGUUCCUCUUUAUUGUCUUCGAUUCCCGUCGCGUUCGGUCGCCUUCUCAUCAAAGUCUGCUUCAAUGGAAACCGACGACGUGACGACCACUUGCAACGAAUCGAGUCCUUCAUUCAGUACUGAAAGCAGUAGUUCUACCAAAAGGAAGGGAACGUUCAAGAAAUGGCUCACAAAUCCCGUCAGAAAACUAAGUUCGGGAAAAUGUUCUGCUGUUCAGGCCUUCAUAUCUGCCAUUCCAGGCACAGCCAUAAUGUUAACGAAACUCUUGAUAUCUCUAGACUUAAAGAUAAAUAAUACCAAAGAAGAGUCCAAUAGUAAAACAGUGUCGAAGACCGAAGAGUCCGUCGGUUUUAACAAAUCGAGUUCUGCAUCUCUACCGACAACGCCAUCACUGGUUCCGCAGACAUCUAAAUCACUUGAUCUGAACGGAUGUGUAGUCAAUGUAACCGAAGAAGACGGAGAUGUGACUGAUGUUGAACUGCCGCCGCCCAUGAAAAUACAGGAACACACAUAUCCUGCAGUCUCUUCAUUGUCUGCUAACUCGGCUAAUGUUGACAUCACUGAAAACGACACAAGCGAUGAUCUCUCGAAAGAAGACAUAAAUAACGGAUUAAUUGAACGAAUCGAAGAAAAUGAGGGCACAAACGAUGAAACGAAUGACGAAACCGAUAAUUCAUUGACCGGAGAAUCUGAAAGAGAAAAAGCAUUAAUUAAGCGGAGAUUUAUUUUACAAGAAUUGGUUGACACGGAAAGGGAUUAUGUCUUCAACUUAGGUCUUGUUGUCGAUGGAUAUCUGGAACUAAUGCGAAAUGAGACCGAAAUUGCAGUUCCGGACGAUCUUAAGAAUGGAAAGGAUAAGAUUAUAUUCGGCAAUAUAGAGGCCAUAUAUGAAUGGCAUAGAGACUCGUUUUUGGCAGAAAUUGAUAAGUGUUUGGAAGAACCCGAAAGACUGGGUCUCCUCUUUAGACGAUGCGAGCGAAGGCUCAAUAUGUAUGUCGUCUACUGUCAGAAUAAACCCAAAUCAGAACACAUUGUUUCCGAACAUUUGGAUACAUUUUUUGAGGAAAUCCGUCAGAAGUUGGGACAUAAGCUCCAAUUGCCUGAUCUUCUUAUAAAACCGGUUCAAAGGAUAAUGAAAUAUCAGUUAUUGUUGAGAGAUAUGUUGAAGACUACUGAAAAGGCUGGACUCACCAAAGAAGCAGAGGAUCUGAAGAAAGCGGUUCAUAUCAUGCAUGUCGUGCCCAAAGCCGCUAACGAUAUGAUGUGCGUCGGAAGGCUUCAGCACUUCGACGGCAAAAUAACAGCUCAGGGAAAGCUAUUACAACAGGGUUUGCUUUUUGUGGGCGAUUUGGGGUCCGGUGGCAGCACUGGAAGCAAUACUAACUCUAAUAUUGGCUCAACUAAACUGAAAGAGAGACAAGUCUUCCUUUUUGAACAAAUAAUUAUAUUCAGCGAAACUGUUGGACAAAAGGGACAGUUUUCUAAUCCCGUGUAUUUAUAUAAAGCGCAUCUUAUGGUCAACAAAAUGUGUCUCAUCGACAAAGUGGACGAUUCGGAUCCAACAAAGUUCUUGCUUAAGUCCAAAGACCCAAAUAUGUCUGAAAUUGCAUUCCUAUGUCAGGGUUCCAGUAAAGAAGUGGCAGAUGUAUGGGUGGCAAACAUUAGGGCCAUUCUUGAUACUCAACUCGACUUUCUUAGGGCUCUUCAGUCGCCUAUUGCUUACCAAAAAGAGCUAACAAAAGAAGUUUCUGCACCAGAAUUGGGUUCUCUAUGGAAUCCCUCGUUGAGGAAAACACUGUCACAUCCGGCGGCAGUCCAUCGCGAGAAGAAUCUGAAAUCAACGGCAAAAGAGCAGCCGUUGGGCUCAACCAAUACAUCCAAAUCGAUGCGUCAGUCAAAUAAAAGCAAGAAUAAGACAUUUUUGGCCGUUAAUAAUGAGUGCGAAAGUGUUGUCAUUGAAAACAUUAGUGAAAGUGACUCAAAGACAUGUAACACAUCUCCCGAUUCAUCAACAAAUCGCAAGUAUUCGUGUCCUUCAUCUGAGAAACCGCCGACUCAUUCGCAUAAACACCAGUCGAGUCCAUCAAAAUCGAAACGAACUUUUUUAGAGGGAUUUAAGAAUCCGUUGCGACAGAAGAAGACGGAAAUGAGUGUUAUUGUGAGCAGUGAGUCGUCAACCGUCAGCUCUAAUCUACUUUCUAGUCAUAGUCUCGACUCUUCAACCGGUGCUCAAACCCGAACCAAACUCGAAGCGCAGACCAAAGAUAGUUCAGUGAUCAGGAGGUGGUCUGAAUCGGCCACUCCUCCCGUCGCUAUCUCUCCACAAACCAUUAGUAAUACAAUUAGUUUGCAAUCAAAUAAUAAAACCGAUAAUAAUAUUACUCCUAAUAAUAAUAACGAUAAUAAUAGCUCCGAUGUAUCAAAACAUUUAAAACAAUAGCUAUUUUAAUGUUCACUUCAUUUAUUACAUAUAUAUAGACAACAAAAGUUAUAGUUAUUUCAUAUUUUUAAUGAUCUCUACAACGGACUCAUUAUAUUGUUCUCCA